UAAAAACCGAAUAAUUUUUUUAUCCAUCAUUUUUGUUAAAUCUUUAAACGAAAUUUCGAAUUGUAAUAUAAAUCGAAAGAAAAUAUGAGUGAGAACACUCCAUUACUACAAAAUGAGCAAACCGGCUCAAGUGCGAAAAGUUCCUCAAAUGAUAGCGAAGGAUCAAAUAUGAAAUCGAAGGAUUAUCUAUUUGUUGAUAGCCAACGAUCUUAUCAAUCACCUUCUAGUUCUGUAAUUGCCAAUGAAAGAGAUGAAGCUUGGGUGAAAAACCAAAGAGAAUUCAUAUAUAAGUCUGGUAAAAGAGCUAGCAUUAGAAAAAGAUUGGCGUUUCAAUGUGAUACUUCAAGAAUCGGAAGAAUUUGGGAACUUUUUGAUGCAAUUCUAUCCGCAAUGUUUGUUUUUUUAUAUAUCUGGAAUACGAGAUAUGUCAAGCUUGAUAGCAGCGAAGAAGCAUUUCCAUUCAUCCUUCAGACGGCAGACUUUAUUCUUGCUACUUUUAUUUUAAUUCAAUAUAUACCGCACAUAUGGUUGGAUAAAGAGCCUUUUCAAUAUACGUUUAACAUUUUUUCAAUUUUAACAUGGAUUUCGGUGUUUCCGGUCAUAGCAGCAUAUAUCCUAACUAUUUUUGAUGAUGUUAUGGAUAACACUUAUAUGGGUGCUGGAAUUUUGGUUUAUAUAUAUCCCAUUCGGUUCGCAAGACUUCAUUGGGCGGUACAAAUUGUCUUCGCACCUGUAAAGAGUUCUCUUUUUAAAUUAUCAAAGGUUAUGAGGAAAGGAAUAAGACUUGUUACAGCGAUUUUAUUUACUUUUCUCACGGUUACUGCUUUCAUUCACUUGGUUACUUUCAAACAAUCGGAAAAUAAAGUUGAUGAGAAUAUUUCUUUUAGCGACGCAUUUUUUUUUACUGUUUUAAGCAGUACAAAUGGAAUGUCAACAGAUUUGAUCCCGGAUAGUGCUUUCACUCGUGCCGUUAUUUUAUAUGUUAUGCUUGCAGGAGCUUUAUACAUCCCAACAGCAUUAUCUGAACUUCUAACUUUGAUACAAGAAAGAUCUAAGUAUAAUCAUUCAUAUAAAGGCGAAAUAUAUAAAGAACAUAUUAUUGUUACUGGAGAUUUUGAUUCAACAAGUUUGUUUGAAUUCUUGCGAGAAUUCUUUUGUCUAGACCAUGGUUUGGCAACUAUGAAUACAUAUGUGGUGAUAAUGCACCCGGACGAGCCUGACGAAGAGAUCGUAGAGUUUCUUGAAGACCCGGCAUUUGUAACUAGAGUACAAUAUAUUAAAGGAACGCCUACUUGGCGCCGUAGUCUUGAAAAAAUUCGAGCAGAUACUGCAAGUGCAGCUUUUCUUUUAACUAAAAAGUUUUCUAAAAACGGUGACGAAGAUGAUGCUAAUCAAAUAAUGAGAGCCUUGGCUAUUAAAAAAUACAAUCGAAAGCUGCACAUAUACUCUCAAGUUAAUUUGCCCGAAAAUGUUCCACAUUUUGAUUUCUUGGCGAAGGAUGUUAUUUGUAUCGACGAAAUUACAAUGGGUUUAAUGGCUCAAAGUUUGGUCAUACCGGGAUUUGCAUCAUUGGUUGUAUUACUUACGACAUCAGUUACUGACGAUACUGUUCGUAAUUUGAUUAGAAGUGCAAAGAAGAAACCUGAAUUAAAUUGGGCAAUAGAAUAUGUCCGCGGUAUAAAACAUGAAAUUUAUGCUGUCACCUUUUCUGAUGCUUUUAUUGGAAAAACAUUUUUGGAAUGUUCUGAACUCAUUUAUUCGCGUUUGGGAGCCGUAUUAUUUUCUAUUGGGAUUUAUAGAUUCACAAAAGGUUGUUUUCCAAAUUCUCAACUUGGAAGUGAUACAUCACCAUUUCAAAUAUUUUUGAAUCCACGGAAUUAUAAGAUUAAGGGGAAUGAAAUUGGAUUCGUGAUUUGUGAUAAUGCCGAAGUAACAGCUAAAAUGGCAACUUUUAAUGAAAACUCGAGACGUUGGUACGAUGUAACUUACAUAGCAAAAUCUGCGCAUAACUUAUUUAAUAGAGGCAAUCGUAACUCCAAAUCAUCAAAGUUAAAAAGUACUGCACCUUUACGUCCCUUCACACAAGUUAAGAUCGAUGCUGAUGAUGAGGAUGAUUUAAGUGAUUUGGAAGAUCCUGAUAUCCCACUUAUUCCGUUAUGUAAUGUAAAGUCAGACGAAGAAAUUUUACGUAAAAAUUUAAAAAAAGCAGCCGCAAAUAUUAUUGAAUCAGAAGAUCAUGAAAUUAAAGAUAUUACAGAUCAUAUUAUUAUUUGUGAUCAAAGCAAGGAUUUUCCAGAGAAUUUAGAUAUUUUUAUUUCUGUAUUACGAGAAAAAAAUUCAACAUGUCGUGAUAUGCCGGUGAUUAUUUUAAGUAAUGGCAAACCAAGUGACACACAAAAACGUGUUUUAAAAGAAUUUGGGCAAGUAUAUAUUAUCAAAGGAUCACCACUUCGCAGAAGAGAUCUAGUUCGAGUUAGGGUUAACUAUGCGAAAAAAUGUGUCGUCUUAAGUGAUUCAUCGAAUAGUGAAAAGUUAUACACAAAUGCGGAUGCCGCAUCACUCAUGGUUGCACUAAACAUUGAAUCUUUAACUAAUGAUUGUUAUGUUCUUGUCGAAUGUAUAUAUCGUGAGACCUUUAAAAUGAUCGGUGAAAGUGAUUCCGUUAAGAAUAACGAAGAAGACUAUAUUCAAGCACUUAUGAGACCUUCAUUUAUGGCUGGAAAUGUAUUCACGCCAAGUAAUUUAGAUACAAUGCUCUGUCAAUGUUUUUACAAUCGGCACAUCCCUCUUAUAAUGAAAUGUCUUGUUUUCAGUCAUGAUAUAGAUGAUAAGAUGAUAUCACCAAAAAUUGAACGGCAACUAAAUCAUGAGUGGGAAGAUUUAAGAGUUGAUUCAGGUCAUCUAUUCUGUGUUGAUGUGCCAUCACAUUAUAUUGGCAAUACAUAUAAUGACUUAUACAGUUAUUUAAUUAAAGAACAUCAAGCUGUUCCGUUGGGGCUUUAUCGUUGCGUAACACACAGAAGUGGUCCACAUAACUAUAUUUACGUAAAUCCAGAUUGGGAUACAAUUGUUAAAAUCUCUGAUAAAGUUUAUCUUAUCGCGUCGAAAUUACCAAAAUUUACGAGUAAUAGUACUGAAUAAACUAUUAGUAUACGUAAUACAUUUGAAUUAUGUAUCAUGUAUUUUUUUUGUAUAUUAUUCAU